CUCUACUUUCCGGUGACCGAAAUAAAUUAUCUGCCAUCCAAAAAUCCUUUUCCAUCAAGCGGAGCAAACCAUAGCCAGCACAAGUGACACCACCAAAAAAACAAAAAAAACCUCCAUUAACUUGUAGUCGAUUAUGGGGGAGCGAUUGGGAUUGCUAAAAGUUGUAGUGGUGCAAGGGAAAAGACUGGUGAUCCGUGAUUUCAAGAGCAGUGAUCCGUACGUUGUAGUCAAGUUGGGCAAUCAGACAGCAAAAACCAAGGUUAUCAACAGUUGCCUUAAUCCGGUAUGGAAUGAAGAGCUAACUUUCUCGCUCACAGAACCUAUUGGAGUUCUAAAUUUGGAAGUGUUUGACAAAGACCUCUUGAAGACGGAUGACAAGAUGGGACACGCACACCUCAGCCUUCAACCACUGGUCUCAGCAGCUAGAUUGAAGCAGAUUUUGCAGAACUUUUCUGGCGAAACAACGUUAAGGAAGGUUGUCCCAGAUAGUGAUAACUGUCUGGUUAGGGAAAGCUCCAUCACUUGUGUCAAUGAUGAGGUGCUGCAAAGUGUUUGGUUAAGGUUACGUGACGUGGAAUCCGGGGAGAUUGAAUUGAAGAUCAAACUGAUUGAAGGCCCAGCUGCUCUUGCUCCUUCAAGAUAGAGGAGAAUCUAAGGUUGGACUAGUUGUAGACUUCUAACAAGCGAAAAGAAAGAGUCGAAUAUCUCUAGUUUAGUCAUCCAAGGGGUAAUUAAACCCCAUUUGAUUGUCUUAAGGAGAUUUGAUGUUCUAUGUAGUUUAGCAUUGAUUUAUUUUGAUUCUGCUGAGCUUGCUUGGUGGGUAUUUUAUUUGGGUUGUUUGUGUGGUGAGUGUUGAUGAGCCGUGUGUCUGAAGUUUGUACAUAUGCUAAUAUGGAAUUUUUAUGGACAUGACGUUGCAAUUAUGAUCAUCCGUAUCUUGUUGAAUCUAACCC